UCUCUCACUCGCUCAGUACAGCACCCAGCACCAUGCCCGCCGCCCCCGUCAACCUCGUGUCGGUCAACACGGUCCCCGAGCGCGCGAAGAAGGUCAUCGGGCAGGUGAUUGACAGCGUCAAGGAGCGGUACACUAUCGUGCACGCUGGCAACUCUGAGACGAUUGAAGGGGUUAGGCCGCUGUUGCUGUCGAUCCAGCCUCCGCCUGGGAUUCUGUUCGCCGCGUCGAUGUGGACGCCCGAGGAGCAGGAGCAGAUCCAGCAGAUCGCGCGCGACACCAUCCCGGGGAUCAAGACGCACGGUAUCCCUACCGGCUUGCAGGUCAAGGAGGGCCCCGAGGGCGUCGUGCGGUACCUCACUGCACAGAUCGACGACAUCAUGAGCUGA